AGCCACACCCUCAAGUCAGAAUGAGCUCAGUGAGGCUUUGCCAGAGUUCACUGUCAGAGGAGCAGGUAAGAAGCUGGAGCACACAUACAGAUUAUCUGAAGCAAGAAUUACCCUAAAUGUGAGCGGCACCUUCUGGCGGCCAGAUCACAGGAAUGGAGGAAGGAAGCUUUGGUUUUUACCUGCUUGCCUUCACACUCUCUGGAAAGUUCAUCUACCCUGCUGCUGCUGUCCCUCACCAAGAUUAGAACCCACUUCUUCAGGAUUUGAACAUAGACUGAAGACAAGCAGCAAUCCUCCAGGCCUUUAGCACCAGACUGGAGUUGUUGGUGGACUGAACAACUCCCAGAUUUUUGGUCCCUCCGUGUCCAGAAAGGGAAAAAAAAUAACAAAAAACAACAAAAGACGCAGACCACAACAAUUGUCUCCUGAGGCCCGUCCUAGGAAUGAACCAUGCUGGCCUAUGCUGUAACAUCCUCUGGCCUGUUUCUCAGAACGCUCUGGGCCCUCCUUCUCCUGGCGCCCUCCCUGUAUGCCUACAAUACUAUCUGGGACGACCCCAAUUGCACUGAGCAUGAGGUAUCUGUAGACAGAGGCCAUCGUGUGGUGAUGGCCUGUAACAUCUCCAACAACUUCAGAGACGUCACCGUUAAUUUGACUGCCUACGGAAAGACUAGAAUCAUCUUCAAUCAAAUGCCUCCAGGAAACUACUCUGAGGAGUCAUGGCAGCUUCAGAUUCAAGGAGGCCAGGCCCGGCUGGUGAUCAUGGAUGCUCAGGGCAUCCACGCAGGGAAGUACUGUUGGAAGCUGCGUGGAAGACAGAGCAAUUACACAGACUUCAUCCUGAAUGUUACUAGUCUAGCAAACGACAACCACGAACCAGAGAGCUUGAAGGUCCACACUGAGUCCCCAACUGCAGUGAAGACAGAAGUUAUCUCCGUCAUCAUUGUCGCUAUCAUCAUCAUCAUCAUAGGAAUCGGUGUAUUUGCUUGGAACAAGCACCGCCAUUCCCUGGAGCCCCACAGAUACAGAUUCCAAGCAACUGGUCUGAGUCAUGGGUCUCCUGGUAGACCCUAUCUGACACUGCCCUAAAGUUUCCCAAUUCCUGCCCCAAAAGAUACUUUAGAGGCCUGAUUAGCUCCAAACAACAGGCUACAGAGAACCUCACCUGGCUAUGGCUGACAACCCAAGCCCUGACUUGGGACAAGCUCAUAGGAACUCUCUGUCCCAAAGCCUUAAUUUUGACCUUAGGACACCCAGAGGUCAGAAUGGGGUCUGUAUUCUUCAGGUUCCUCCCAAGACUCCAGGAAAAUUUGCACUGAGGACAGAGCUGUGGUUUUAAUUGAAGAUGCCCUGUAAGUUGACUGAGCCCCUCCUGUACUCAAAAUGUAGACUCUGUUGGGACUAGGGGGACAUCAGAGCAUUUCAGAGUAUCCCAAGUGUGUGUGGUAUGUCUGCUUUUUGUGUGAGCUGUCUGUGCCAUUGUAUCUGUGCCUCACUCAGGCCCAAGCCAGGAUCUCGGGCAACUUCUCCCUCCCCUCUUCCCUUCCUUCCACACUCCUUUACUUUCUUCCUCUCUGAUUCCCUCUUUCUCCAGAUGUAGAGGCUCUGAGCCUUAUGAUUGGAACCUGAGGGGAACUCCUUGCAAAAUGGAUAGGGCCCAGAGCAAGGACAACACCAUGGAUUUAGAGCCCCUGGAGCCCCCAUUACCCUGCAAACAUUCAUGGACCUAUCACCACCCACCAGCUACAACGAGAAAGAGCCAUGUCUGUAUUUGCUAGACACAGUAACCCGUGUCCCACAUCUGGAGAGAGGCACGGGAUCUGAUCAUGUCCUGUGCAGAGACAGGGACAUCUGCUCACCAGGGACAGACCUGAUAAGCGAUGGCCUCUCUCUGGCUCUCAAUAACACCUUUUCCCUCUGUGACCACUAGUUGCUUACUCUGCACCUCGACUUUUUCCGAAAUUAGGGAAAUUCCAAGCAGCACAGCCCUUGGCGCUCGAGGUUUAUCUCGGGGUUUAUCUUUUAAAGGGGGCCUAAGCUCGUUCCCUGCUAAACUCACUCCAGUUCACUAUGGUCUCUGGUACCAACAGGGCUUGUGGGAGAUUCUGUACCAGCUUUGCUCCAGGCACCUUCUAACUCACACCAAUAGCUGGUUUCACAGGUCCAUGACCUUAUGUGAGAAUUAGAGGUCCAAAAUGAUGCAUCACCGCACUCCUACCACAAGAGGGUGGUGUGGGCCUGUCUGCAGGGAAACCUCAGGCUUGCUAGUAGGCACUGCUUUUCUAGGGAGGACAGCUGGGCCCUCAAGCUCCCCCGUGAACCUCUUUGUAGACCCUCUCCCUGACUCCCUACUUACCUCCACCCUCACCUGCUUUUCCUCUUGGACCCAUGUAUCAUCUUUAUUGUAACACUAACUUGAAUAAAUUUGUCUUAUAUACACUAUAA